AUGUCUUCCCCAACAUCUUCACAUUACCCUAAUCCUCAACAAACAUUUCCAAAGCCAAAGUACUCACUUAAUUUACGUCCAGAGGAUUGCUCUAAUAAUUCUACUAUGCCUCCACUUCCCUCUCCGUCACUGCAAAAACAACAACAAAAUAGUCCAAUUUCUCCUUCCACAGCUCGUUGUCGAGCAGCAGCAGUUCAACGGCAACAGGGUUCUACCGAUUCCGCUCCGACUAGUGCUGGGAUUAGUAGUAUGAAACGAAAAGAGAUUUGGGCACGUGUUGGGCCUUCUUCUUUUCAUCAAUCUUUUGACAUUCGUUCUGACCCAACUACUAAUUUCUCAACUUCUUGUGGCCAUAUAAACGAUGCUGUUGGUGGAGGUGUUUGUUGUGCCUGUAAAGGAUAUCGAACUGAACGAAGAAGUGGAUUUUGUUCAGGGGACAGCAGCAGAGAUUCUCGAAGUCAUCCAGGGAAUGCUGCAAUGACUUUGUAUUGUGGAGUUUCUGGCUGUUCUGGUCAUCCUUCCUGUCCAGGAGUUUCUUCAAUUCAUCAAAACCAUCAUCAUCACUUAAACAAUAAUCUUCGAACUGGACGGUCUACACAUUCUUCCUUUGAUGAGGGGGACCAUUCUAGUCAUUUAAGUAAUGCUGGUUGUGGUCCUUUACGUGAUACUUAUUUGACUGAGAUUUCUCGAGAAUGGAUGUUAAUGAAUGGGGCUAUUGCUCCUUUUAAAAAUAUUUUACAACAAGCCAGUUCAAUUGCAAGCACUCCUCUGCCCAAUCACCGUCCAUUCCAAUCAAUAGCCACCCCAGCAGUCGCUGCUUCGGCUGUCAAUACAGCUUCUGCUAUUAUGGCUGCUGGUUCACGUAUUGCCGGAGCUACUCCUUUUGGAAAUAAUUUACAAAAAACUAAUGAUGAUAAUGAAGUUAUUGGAAGUGGAGGAAGAUUAAAUAAUAAUUUUGUUGGUCCAGCAGCCCUUAAAAGUAGCUGUUUUAACCUCGCAAUGUCUGAACAAAAUAAUAACAACUUUGUUUGUAAUACAAAUAUAGACACACCUUUAACAGCUAAAUCAGAUAAUUUUGAUCAACAAAAACAAAUUAUAAUUAUUGAACCCGACAAAAAAUUGGAAGGUGGGGGGAGUUUUUAA